GCGAGAGCCAGGACCAGAGCUGCUUCAGACAUUUAGAGAUCAAGAAGAAACGCAUUACAAGUCCAAAGCGACUUAACAGCUUUAAAAAGAGGUCUGUGGUGCAUCCACCAGAGGAUGCAGCUGGUUGUCAUGGCAGCAGUGCUGGCACUGGUGGAUGCCAGGCAGAGUUGCAGUUCUGGCUGUAACCCACGAAACACCAACAUCUCCGUGGUGAGCUGUGGCAAAAUCCAGUCCAUCUUCACCACCAUAUGUGAAGGACAGUGCUACCAUGAGGAUCCAGUCUACAUGUCUCCUUGGUACCGGACCAAACAGAACGUCUGCAAUGGGGAUUGGUCCUACGAAGUAAAACACUUCAAAGAUUGCCCAGUGGGUGUUACAUACCCUGUGGCCAAAAACUGCCACUGCACCACAUGUAAUGAAGACAACACGGACUGCGGACGUGUUCCUUGGAUCAUACCCGGCUGUUUAGCUUCCUAUGUCCCUUAAUUUCAGCACUGAUGCUCAAC